AUGCGCUCUCGAGGAUCCAGCAUAGCAGCUGGCGGCUCUCGCCGCUCGAGCUUUACUGCUGCUGAGCCUCCCACCUCGACGGCAGCUGAUGUCGCCGUCCCCAUCGAGCUGAACCUUCCGCAUCGAGGCAGUGCGACUAGCAGCGCCAACAACAGCCAAAUAGAUCUCACCGGUCAUCAAAUUUACCUACCUGACAAUGCCACUGGCACGUCGUCACCUCGCGGCGGCGUCUUCGAGCUCAGCCAGGUCGGUGCCAACGAGCAGGUCACAGGCGACGUCAUCAAGGAUGUCAAGACGGGCAAGCACUACAAGAAGAUCCCCAUCUCGAAGCCAGCCUACUCCCUCGGCCACACCACGGGAGCCCCCGUCGUCUCCGGCGUCGCGAAUCGAUCGACAGGCCGCAUCGGUCUCGGUCACGCUUUUCCGACUGAGGAGCAGAACAGGCAGCACAAGGCGGAAAAGGCCGCUCGCAAGUCCAACAACACUUCCGGAACAAGGACACCUGCAGUAGCUGCUGGCAGCACGGCUGAGCAUCGAGCGUCGAUGGACGUCAACACCAAAGAGGGAAGAACGCAACUUUUUGCGCAACUGCGAGACCUCAUCCACGAAGAGUUUGAGAAAGCCAACCGAGGCCAGACUGAAGAGCUCAGGAAACACGUCCGCCAAGCCAACCUCGAGCAGCGACAGCAUCUUCAAGAACAUAUCGAAGACGUCAAAGCGAUCACCAACACGGAACAGCCUUCCCAGUCAGAAGAUGGAGUCCAGUCGGAGGACUCGGACCUGAAAGCGUCGAAAGACCGAUACACCACCGAGACGGCCGUCGCCACCAGGGACGACGACAAGCGUCAUGCUUUUGGGGAAAAGGACAGCGACGGGACGCUCACCAUGGAUCAAAACGGUAAUGCGGUCCGAGAUCCUCAACCCGCUGAAUGUGGCUUCGAAGGAGAGGAAGAUGACAGCGAUGACGAAUACGCGUUCCCGAACAAGUGGGCAGCCAUUCGGUACAAGCUGCGCGAACCGUUUGCAGAAUUCCUCGGCUGCUUCAUGCUCAUGGUUUUCGGCAACGGUAUCAACUGUCAGGUCGUCAUCUCGCAGCUGUACGACCCUAGCAAUGCCAAGGGUAGCUAUCUGUCAAUCUCAUUUGGAUGGGGUGUGGGUGUAGCGAUGGGCGUCUGGGUGGCAGGUGGUAUUUCGGGUGGUAUGAUCAACCCCGCCGUAACGAUUGCGCUAGCAUGCUUCCGCAAAUUCCCCUGGAAGAAGGUGCCCAUCUACAUCGUUGCUCAGAUCCUCGGCUGCCUGAUGGGCUCUCUUUGCAUCUACGCUCUCUACGUCAACCCGAUCCGCAUCGUCGAUCCAGACCAAACCGAAACCACGGCCGCACUCUUCACCACCUAUCCAGCCGAAUUCCUUCGCCAACCGUCGACACGCAUGAGCGCCUUCUACAACGAAUUCUUCGCCAGCGCCAUUCUGCUCAUCGUCAUCCUCGCCAUCGGUGACUCGUCCAAUACGCCGCCCCCGGACGGUCUUGCCCCUCUCGUUCUGCUCUGGUUGGUCUGGGGUCUCGGUGCCUGUCUCGGAUGGCAGACGGCAUAUGCGGUCAACCCGGCGCGAGACCUGGGUCCACGCAUCAUGCUGUCCAUCGUUGGCUAUUCGUCCGACAUUUUGUGGACUUUCAACGCUUGGUACUGGCUCUGGACACCCGUCAUCGCCACCUGCUCUGGAGCGAUCAUGGGCUGCAUCAUCUACGAUACACUUUGCUACACCGGUGGCGACUCGCCGAUCAACCGGAAGGCCAAGAAGCACGCACCGUCGCUCGGUCCUGGAUCGAAACAAAAGAUGCCAGCUGCACUAAGCGAAGCUUGA